CAUCUGCUGACCAAUCAGACCGAAGGAGGAUAGAGAACUAGAGUGGGAUGACCGGGUGCCGUUGAAAGAGAGGGAGGAAACAGAUUUGUGACCUCACGUGACAUGUGACCUGGACUCUACCAAUGGAGCAGUGGGUUGGGUGAGAGGCAGAAUUGCCGCGGGAGCUGUGACCAGAACUGAGGCUGACAGUCCAUCGCCACGCCGGUUACCACGACAAGGACGACACACACAGACACACACACACACACACACACACACUCAUACCUGAACCUCCAAACCCAGAAAUCGUCAGCGUCUGCCUUACUGUCACAGGCUGUAGCUGCUGGAGUGGUUCGGAGGGCAGCGCCGGCACAGGAUCUGGCCCUUGUGGACGUCACACAUGGCUUCGAACAGCAUCUUUGACUCUUUCAGUAACUACUCCACUUUACUCAGAGACCCGACCACCACCAGACGGUUCACGCCGCCCACCGCGUCGUUCCCGUGCACCCCGAAGCUCGGCGGCGGCGGCAGCGACGGCACCGCAAGCGGCGCGAGCGGCAUGAGCGCCGCGGGACCACUGAGGUCGCGGCAUGCGGCGGACACGCGCUCCGUGGUGGACGUGCUGGCGGACCACGCCGGAGAGCUCGUGCGCACCGACAGCCCCAACUUUCUGUGCUCUGUUCUGCCUUCACACUGGCGCUGCAACAAAACUCUCCCUGUUGCCUUCAAGGUUGUGGCACUAGGUGAUGUACCCGACGGCACUCUCGUCACCGUCAUGGCAGGAAACGACGAGAACUACUCGGCCGAGCUGAGGAACGCGUCCGCCGUCAUGAAGAACCAAGUGGCGCGUUUCAACGACUUGAGAUUUGUUGGAAGAAGCGGCAGAGGAAAGAGUUUUACUCUGACAAUUACUGUGUUCACCGGACCGCCCCAAGUGGCCACGUACCACCGCGCAAUCAAAGUCACAGUGGAUGGGCCACGAGAGCCUAGACGUCACCGAGUGAAGCUUGAGGACUCUCAGAAGAUGCAGUUCUCUGAUCGGCUGAAUGAGAUAGAUAGGUAUCAGCGGAUGAGAAUGGGCACCGGCAACGGCACCGCCCGACCCCCGCACCAGAGCCAUUACGGCUCCACUGCUGCCACCCAGAUACCAGGACUGUGGCCUGAGCAGAUCGACCCACCUCAGAUCAAACCCUGCAAAGUGGAGGACGACAUACGCUGGUCAAGUACAGAUCUGUUCCCUCAACGCACCACGUUCCCAUCCCUGUCUCCUCUUACAGCGCCGCGGUUCUCUGACCCUCACAUGCACUACCCCGGCCCCUUCACCUACUCCGCCAACCCAUCCAGUGCCGGCAUUGGGGGUCUCAGCGUUCCUGCCUCCACCCGCUAUACAACCUACUUGCCCCCACCGUACCCCGGAAACCAGAACCAGAGCUCGCACUUCCAGACCAACUCAUCCCCAUACCACCUGUACUACGGCACCGGCUCAGGCUCCUACCAAUUCUCCAUGGUUCCUGCAGGUGGCACCACCGGCAGCACAGUCGGAGAGCGUUCGCCCACCCGCAUGCUGACCUCCUGCACGGCAGCAGGCGCCACAUCGGGGUCAGGUGGAGCCGGCGGCCUGAUCGGCGGUAGCGACGGCGUGGAGGCCGAUGGCAGCCACAGCAACUCGCCGAGUGCAAUGAGCACGCCAGGACGAAUGGAUGAGUCCGUCUGGAGGCCUUACUGAGCAAAUAGAGAACAACGACAGAAGAGUUGCAUGUUUCAGUCGAGUCUGACGCCCUUCAUUUUGAGUCACGUUUUAUUUUUCUCAGAGACAGUGUUGUUCAGUCGUUCAGAUAGUGUACAGUGUAUUUCACGGGGCUUUGUGUGCUUUAAGACUGAACUGAGCGGAGAAAGAACAGCAAGAAGAAAAAAAUAAACUAAGCACAGACUCUGAAAGACUGACGUUUAGUUUUAUUAUGUAACAAGAGCAGCUGGAUAAUGAUAGCAGGAGUUCAAAGGCCAAGCAAAAACAAAAAGAAAAUCAGAAAAAAAGAAAAUGACACUUCAGGAAAUUUAAAGAAUGACCUUUGACAUUUGGUCAGGUCUGGUGUCCUGAGGACACUCUGUAUUGGCUGAAGUGAUUGAUCUAACUUUUAUUUAUGGCUACAGUCAGCUUUCGGUACAGCAUUGAUAUUCAGCGUGCAAAAUGAAUGAAUUUUUUUUUUAAUGUUUUCAUUUGUCUCCACCAAUCCUGAACAACUUGUUUUUAUUAUUACAGUAAUUAUUUUUUAUAUCGUUUUCUUUCUUUCUUUUUUUUCUUCUUUUUUUUUUUGGUUUUAAGCCAUUAUUUGUCUAAACUGAGUAAUAUGGUUUGGGUUUCUUUAAUUUAUUUGAGCCAGUUCUAUGAUUAUUCUUAAUGUUUCCAGGUCGAAAAAAGAAAAGCUUUGUUUGUUUUUUGUUUGUGUUAUUUUUUUUGUUGUUUUCAUUUCUAUGAUUUAAUAUAAGAUUGCAUUCAAGUCAUGCUACUGUAAUAUAUUAUUUCUAAAUUAUAAAAUGGUUACCAAUUUUAAAUGUAAUGUAUUUUCCUAUGUAGCUCCAAUGCACUAAAACAUUCUAUUAAAAAAAAAAAAAAAAAGAAAGCUCCAAAAGUAAAAUGCCAAGGAACCCUAUUCAUGAAAAGAAAAAAAACAAGUCCAAAGAGGUCAAAUUUCUUCGUAAUAACUCUUAAUCGAUUAUACUGCAAGGCAAAGUGUCUCGCUUUCCUUUUGUUGUCCAAAGUGUUACAUUUUUAUGAUGUCAUCCCAGCCUCGAAAAGAAUGAAGAACACACGUAGCUUUAAGCGCUUUUAUUAUUCGUCUUUCCUCGCAUCAAUGAGGCGACUGAAACGGUAGAUGAUAACUACAUAUGAAAUGGAUCGCCUCUCAUUAUUUUGAUGACAAAACCAUGCGCCAGCUCCACAUCGGAGCUAAAGUGGCCAGAAAUCUGUCCCUCCCUUCCUUUCAGGUGUGUGUGUGUAGAUGUGUGUGCGUGCACAAUAGGUCAUCAGCCAGAGGCCUUUCCCAGCCGCUCACACUCCACCACACCUGCUCUCUCUAGCUAAAGAGGGAAGGAUGACGAAAAGAGAGAGUGUGUGCUGAGGAGUGUGGGCGUGAGAUCGUCUUUCAGCGACCGCCAGCCAUUCUUUAGGCCACUAGUUCUCCUAAUGCCUCGCGCUUUGUUCACUCCGCUCCAAAGCCACUUUGAAGCCUUUGUGAUGGCGCUCCGUCUCUUUUUCUUUUGUCGUUUGUACAUAAUUAACGUCCUGAGCCCGAGGCCGUGGGUGACAUUGAGUGAGCAAGCAUGUAAGAAGUUCCUACAACUGAGGAAGGAGAAUGCAGUCGUUCCAAAAAAUAAAAACUUUAGACAGCAAUCAGCAUCCUUUUUUUUUUUUUCUUUAUGGAUUUCCUUCUUCUCUGGGAUUAUAGUUAAGGACGUUCCAUGGUUUCAAAUUUGGGCUUGCAAUCUUUGCUAAUGACAAUCCAUUCAGUUUAACUCAGGAAACAAUGAUGACCUACACUAUGCCUUAUAAUGCUUUACAAGAGCUCUGUUUAAGGUGUAACAAAGCACAAUCAUAAUUGUUUAUAAUUGCAAUUUUAAACUGGACAUCCAUCCAUCCAUCGAUCCAUUCAUCCAUUCAUCCAUCAUCUAAUCCCUUCGCUAAGUUAAAUGAACAAAGCAAAGCGUUUAUUAAGUCAAGGCAUUUUAAUAAUUUUCAUGGCUGGUCUCUUGACAUGCAUGCCCAAAGAGCUGAUGCAAAUAGGACUAAAACAGUACAAACCGAGCUGUACAACCAGUUGUGUUAAUUGUGUGUUGAGUGUAACACCAAGAGCCCAGUGUCUCUGUUCCUAAAAGAACAAAUAGUGUUUUUCCAUUCACUGUAUAUUGUAGUUUUUGACUCUGUACCAUGCUCUGCUAUAGUCUACCUUCAUUGUGUGCAAACAAUGUAGUUUUGAUGCAUUUUAAUAAAAA